AUGGCGACUAAAGGUUUGGAAGUGAACCUCCACCAGAUAUUCCACAACACUCAUUCAACCGACACGAUUUACGGCACCCUAAGAGUUGGGACAGGUAAAACAGCUAAUACCAAGUGCAGCCUAUCGAGAUUUCAUUCCGUAUCUUUACUCAGGAAGUGUCGACCAAUUAUCCACAUUGAGAAGUGCUGGAUUCAGAUCCCCAAACGCCAACACGCCGUGGAAGACUCGGACGAAUCAGCUACGGUGAGGGGGUCGUCAAUUGGCCAUACGACAGAAAUAGAGGACGAAAGAACCAGCCAGGUUGCCACGUGGCCAGACACGUGCCGCGGGAAGUCAACUCUAGAUCAACGAAAGCUCCACAAAGGGAGCCAGAGUGAAGAGAAACGACGGAGUGAAGACUCGAGGAAGAACCCCGGCACGAACAACACGCCAGCGGUGCGGAUGCACCGGCCCAAGAAGAUCCAUCGUCCGCGAACAGCUAGGGUCGAGAGUCGAGUGGAAAGGACAAGGUCUGAUCCGAAGGCAUAGAGUCGCGCACGAACACGGAAGCGGAGAGACGAAGGGAUCGGGGUGGUCCACCCGGAGCACUACCAGAUAGUGGCGUGACCUCAACUAAGGCGGACAUGGAGCCGUAGGGGCAAGCAGCACGAGGAGAGCAUCUUCCGCAGCACGAAGAGCGAGCGGGAAGGUUGGCACGUAGUUCACGGGCCCGUGAGUAAAUUAAUGUUAAGAAAAGCGCUUUAGUUUUAAGAAACUGAAUGGCCUACAAAAAGCCGACGAACCGAACUGGUUCUAAAUUGUAAGGAAAGUUUAGAUUUGAUGCUACAAUACAAUCUUCUAAAAUGAAAGUUAUGGGUUUAGUUAUGUUGUUGGUUUGAGGAAGUUUCAUCUCAUUCCGCUGAUUA